GAGGAAAAUAUUGGCCGCAGCAGCGAAGCUCGACAUAAAGACGACGAGCUGCUUCCAGAACCCACCGUCCACGUUGCUGCCAUCUUCAAGAAGGUUUGAUUCCUGUCGAUCGAGUGACGAAGGAAAAACUGGAUCUGAGCCUCCGUCUUUCUGUUCGCCUGUUGGUUGUGAGCCUCGUCGGCUUUUUAACAAGAACUUCCAGUUCCCUCACAUCGGAGCCCUUAUUUGAAGACUCUGUUAAAUUUAAAGGAUUAUAUUCCAGAUUACAGAAACGUCUUGCCUGGAUUCUUCUGGGGACAACAUGGCGAAGAAAAACAGUCAGAAAGCUUAAUGGACAGAGAAGUGACUCUCAUGGCGGAGAUGGACAAAGUGAAAGCUGAGGCCAUGAUGAUUCUGGACGCCCGGCAGAAGAAAGCGGAGGAGCUCCGACGGCUGACGGACCGAUCUGCAUCCAUGUCUGAGGAGCAGCUGGCAGAACUCCGUGCAGACAUCAAGCACUUUGUGAGCGAACGUAAAUAUGACGAGGACCUUGGGAAAGCUCUCAGGUUUACAUUUGACCUUGAACCUCUGAAAACGAGCAUCUCUGGGUUUGGAUCAGUGUACCAUCCACGUACAGGAUAUUCAAAUCGCUCCCGCUGUAGCUCCACGUCAUCCUCCAUCGCCAGCCCUGGCCUACAGGAGACCCCUCCUCCCACCCAGACCCCGAGUGCCCCCGCUGAAACCCGUCCUCCCCCAACCAAACAGAUUUUCCAGGGCUACAGGCGCACUUUCCAAGGACCGGGGUAUCACUCAGGAGGUCAGCGGUUCAACGGCAGUUCCCAUCAUGACAGGAACGCUGGCCGCGGCAGCCAUCGCCAUCAGAGUGACGGGGGCCCCUCUGGCCCCACGUCGCAGCACUCCAACAGCUCCAGAGGUCCCUCCAAAUCCUCCACGUCCUCCCACAACCAAGACCAAGCUGCUCACAACGGGCUGCCCCAAAGGCUUCCUCGAACACACUGCCCCUGACAUCGAAAACCUUUGGCUCAGUCAGACCCAUCCACUACACCCCCCCCCCCAAUCCUUCUCUUGUCCCCGUACCCCUCCCAGCCUUCCUACUAACUCCUUUCAAUGAAGAAUAGUAUACAAGUUUACAUAUUUCAGUCAGUUGAGCUGUAGUGCCACCUCUCCACGUCGGUCCUCCAUCCUUCAGACUCGCACUCUUCUGUAAUUGCUCUUCUUCCAUGUCUGUCCUGGUUAUGGCGACCGUUUCUAUCUUUAGACCC